CCACCUCCUCCUAGCUUCAUCACUUCACAAACCAGCAAGAACACAUAAUAAAAGAAAAUGAUAAAAAUGGUGCUAAAGUUUGUCGUGACGGUGAUAGUGUUUGCACAAAUCUUAGCUCCAAUUGCUGAAGCUGCUCAAGGAAGAGCCGUCUUUUACGACCCUCCCUACACUAAGUCUGCUUGUUAUGGAAAUCAAUACGAAAAGAUGGUGACUGGAGUCAGGAACAAUCUGUGGCAAGGAAGCCGAGCUUGUGGUCGGAGGUACAGCGUUCGAUGUAUUGGCGACCUUAAUCUCUCUCGUGACGCUUUUAGGGUCAUUGCUAAUACUAAUGCCGGCAACGUCCGCGUCCAAUACACUCCGCUAUGAAGAAUAAGCAAAAGAAGGUGCAGAGUUGAUUUCAUGUGUAGUAUUCCAAUAAAACGAGAGGAACUGAUGUAUAAUCUAUAUGUAUGGAUGGUCAUUUGUGGUGAAAUAAGUGUACUUUUUUCCAUUGUGCUCAAAUAAGAAUUCCACUAUUUCCUACU